AUGGAGGACGACUGGAGCAACGUGACAAACCCCAACGAGCGCCGCAAGAUCCAGAAUCGCAUCGCGCAACGCAAGUUCAGAGAGAAGGCCCGGCUGCAACGCGAAGAAGCAGAACGACGAUACGAAAACGAACAGCGAGCAUCUGCCUCAUACUGCGCCCCAGAACCGGAAGACGUCGACAACGCCGAAGAACCAGGCCUGCCUUGGGGGUCAUUCUCCAUGCGCCACGUCAUCAGAACCGGCAAAGAGAAGGAACGGACAUCAAGAGAGACGUCUCUCGACGCCGCGCUUAGCAAAGGGUCGACGAGACUCGGACUCAACUUGCUCGAUCAGUAUGCGCGAGGUUCUCCCGCAUGGACUGCGUGGAGGGUCAAAGCGAGUGGACCGCCACUACAGCAGCUGCCGCUACCGCCGCCGAUUGAGAUGAUGCUUGGAUCCAAUGUGCCAGAUCGAUGA